ACUAACUAGGCCGCAUUAAAUACUGAAUUACCCGUUAAAAUAUCCCUUCCAAAGAAUUUAACCGUUCAAAUUCCUUUCUCGAUCUACCAGAAUGCCAAACGAAAUCUCGAAAUGCUCAAGUUCUUAAAUUUCAGUGUUUUUGACUUUGAUUCACUAAUUUUUUCUACACUAGCAUUAAUUAAAUUAAAAAAAAAUCUUAUCCGUCUACCGUCUCUAUUUAAAAAGCUCAAUCCGCCAUUAAUUAGAGCUCAAGAAGGAAAAUGGGCGACAAACUGAAGCAAAAACUCCCCGUUUCCGACGAUUCCGGCAGCGAUGAAGAGGGAGACGAUGUUGAAGAUCUUCUUCCACUGGAAAAAUUGAAUUUGGGUCCUCAGAAGAAGCUCCUCGUGCUCUGUCUCGGCGAUCUACUGGUGCGCCGGGUGCACGUUAGAGAUAGGCGCACCGUUCGUGGCUUCGAACCUGACGUCACCCAUGGAAAAUUUCUAGUGUUCAAGAGGCCUUUAUGUACAGAGUUCAUGAAGUUCUGCUUUGAUCGAUUUGUGGUCGGGUUAUGGUCGUCUGCCAGAGACCAUAAUAUUGAUGCUGUUUUGAGCUGUAUCACUGGUCAUGGAAAUAGGCACAAGUUGGCAUUUGUUUGGGCACAAGAGGAAUGUGAAGAUUCUGGUUUUUAUUGUCUAGAAAAGGAGGAAAACCCAUAUUCCUCAAGCGUUUGGAAGAUCUUUGGGGGAAGAAAUAUCCCAUUACGCUUCCAUGGAAAAAUGGCCAAUAUUCAGCUUCUAAUACUCUGUUGAUUGAUACCGAGCCCCACGUAUCGCUCCUCAACCCGGUUGACUCGGCUAUAUUUCCGCAACCAUACAAAAAACCAAAUCCUAGGGACACAUUUUUAGGACAAACGGGCGAGUUACGAAGUUUUUUGGAAGGGGUUGCAGAAGCGGAUGAUGUUCCUACUUAUGUGAAGGAGAAUCGCAUCGGGCAACCUCCGAUAACGCCUUCACAUCCCGAUUGGAAGUACUAUGAAAAGAUCGUCCGUCACUUUGGCAAGAAAUAACAUAAUGUUUC